AUGCCUACAGUCAAGCAGAUGGACGAUGCCAUGACUGGUUUAUCUAGUCUCCAUAGACAUGAUAUUGAUGAGUUAUUUGACGAGAUUCGACGACUUGCUAUUCAAGCUGUUGCCGACAGGGCUGCAUGUCCAUCAACAGAAUCAAUAUCAACUGCAGCUGGAGAUGACUAUAUCAACCGAGGCAAUUUGCUUUUUAUCGAACUACAACAGCUCAGUCGGGCUUCGUUUAUCCAUUCAAAAACUCGAAAAGAACAAUCUACAAGCCAUAAGCAAGCAAUGGAUCAGACUCAGCUUACAUUACAGAAUCUCAACUAUGAGCGAAUGCACUAUCUAAGAGAGAUUGCCAAAUGUGAAUCAUUUGAAACAACAUACCAAGAUAUUCCAUUACUCUCCGAAAAAGAAUUCAUUAAGCUCGCUCCAUCAGAAUAUACAACGGAAAGUGCUUUGCAAGAUGCUCAUACUCUUAUGCUAAACCAUCUUUGGUUUGAGCUUAAGCAGAGGAAGGAUAUGCAGGAUGUAUUGGCGGCACAUAAUGCGCAAAAAGUAAAAGUAGAAGCUGAAAACAAGGUUUUAUCAGAGAGCUUGGAUCAAUUGGAUCUAGAGAUUGAUACAUUACUAAAGUCAACAAUACCACUUCAAAAAAAAUUCAAGCUGAACACUACCCGAGAGCGCAACUUAUCUGAAAAGUCCUUGUAUUUGGCUUCACCAAUGUUUGUACUCUAUAAACACUUUGCUGGCUACUGUAGCAUGUAUGAGGAGCAGGGAUUAUUUGUAGAUAUUAUUGGGGAUACCUCCAAGGCGGGGAAAAGACGGUUGAUCACAAAUUCUAAACAAGCCGAAAGUGGUGUUGAUGAAAUGGAAGAAACUAGCGGAAAGCGACAGAAUAAUGUUGAAAAUAUUGAUCAGAUCUAUGAGCAUCAUCCCAUGGGAAUUGUUCUUUCCUUUACAGAUAGCAUCAAAAUGGUGUUCAAUUAUAUUCCUGUGCUAAAUAUUGUGAUUGUGAGUGCUCAGUUAGGCUCGGACACUGGUAAUCUACCUGCCAAUUAUCUGCUUCACGGACUUGUCCCUCAAGAUGAUGGUUUGACAUCGCCAAAUCCCGCCAAUCAGUUUCUCAUGCAAGGGUCGUUUACAUUUGAUGUAGUCAAAGCAGGAGGCAUGGCACUUCAAUGGGCUCAAGCCAUAUCUGGUGCAUCGUUUCCGCUCACAUGCGAUAUUAGUUUUAGUGACUCACGACUGUGGAUUAAUAAUGAUUCUACCUCGUCUUUAUUAACCACUGCUGCUGAUCAAGCUUUUGAGGCAGCACCCAUAGCCGUUGGUAAUGAGCGAGGUUCUAGAAAUACUAGUAAACCCAACAUUCCUUUUGUAACCUAUUUAGCACAAAGAGUAAAGAUACGAGCUCAAAUGCUUUACCAAUUGACUGCUGUGGUUGAUAGUCUUUGCUGCAGCAGGGUAUACUUGCCAUCUCCAAAACGAAGUACUUUGGUGGGCACAUUGCCCGAGUAUCGUAUGGCUGCAAUGGAGCGUAUCAAGGUGAAUGUAGAUAGUAUACUACUAUCUGCAACAGUUGAGAUUUCAGGACGAGUGUUUCAGAUCUGCGUUACAAUCCCAGCCUCAUACCCAGAAUCCCGCAGCCUUUUCAGCAUCACCAAGGAGUUCAAAAUGGGUCAAAAUGAUACAAACGACAUUCAGUUUCCCACUCACAUCGAGCUUAUUGAAACGGCAUUGAACGAGUCACCGAUAUCAAACUUGAUGGCUCAUUUUGAUGGACCAGACACAUCCCAACAGUUGGUAGCAUCACUUACAAAACUCAUAUACUGUUUAAAGGCUUACACUGCUUUGAGUUCCGAUAACUCCACUCCACCGUGCUCAUACACUACUAUUUUGGGGUAG